UUGACAAUGUUUUAUUUAGUCCAGUUUUAUAAAAUAUCAAAAAAGUAAUACUAUUUAUUUCAAUUCGAUAAAGAAAUAAAAAACCACUAUAACAAACAUACAUUUCUGUACUAAUUAUUACCUUACUAGCCAAUGCAAGUUGGGAGUUCGAAAUCAUCAAAAUAUACUGAAGAACGAUCAUAACAAAUGGCCAUAAAUUCAAGCACAAGAUCAAACAUUCACCAACAUUCCGAAGAAUUUGAUGUCCCUCUUGAAGUAUUUAGAAAUAAUACAACAGCUGUAGAAGUAGUAGUGAAAAAUGUUACAAAUAAAAAUGAAUAUCCUAAGAAGGACACAAUAGGUAAUGUAAAAGAAAUUGCACGAUUGUAUAAAGAUAUAGAAAUUCUAAAGGCUAGCGUUGAUAAAGCGAACCAAAACUUAGACAGGAACCGGAAACUUUUUGGAACAGUAUUGAGUCAAAUACAAAAGCAAUUAGAAGUUGCCAAUCAAAGGGAGUUGAGAGAACAAACAAAAAAUUUGCUACUGCAAUUGGAAAAAGAAAAGUUGAAGACAGAAUUGGAGUCAAAGACAAAUUUAGUGAUGAAACUGAAGAGAGAAUUGUUAAGUGUGAGACGUUUGUUUAAGACAAUAAUCAAGGAAAUGCAAACUUCGGAGAAGUAUAAUGAACUCAUAUCAGAUAACUAUCAAGAAUUUGAAUCCUGA